AUGAAGAAAGAAUUAGUUUUCUUGUUUGUGGCUUCACUGGCACAAAUUGUGACACCAAAUGAAGGUCCGAUUGAAGAAUGGAGGAAAGACUGCAACAGCCAGAGUGAAAAAAUAGUCAUUCAUUCGGCUGGUGGCAAUUGGACAAACCUUUCGAGCGAUUUGACGACUCAUCAACAGUAUGGGGUCUAUCGAAAGUUCACGUGCACUGCUGAUCCAGGCCAUUUCGCGUUUGUUCAAAUCAACCACAAGAUGGAUUUUCCAUCAGACACAAAAACUAUCACUUGUGGAAAGACGCGUAAAUGGUUGCACAAAGGUGAUGUCGUUGUCACUGUUGGAUGCUACAUGGGCCCACGGGCAAAUUGGAUCCAAAAGCCCAAAGAAGAGGAAAGGAUUCUGAAAUUGGAUGGGCGAGCAUCACGGAGCUCAAGAGGAUCAAAAGGAUUGGACAUGGAGCAGCACCCAGUA